CUCUUUACUGGCCUUGAGGGAGUGUGUAUAAAAGACAUCAGGAGAGCGUGAAAAGCUACUUAGCUGCAGACUCCUUGGCAGCCAUCCACCCUCACGCUGACGUCUCUUCACUUGGGAGCAACUCCAGCUCAGCUCUCUCCACCAUGGGCUUCAGACCCAGCACCAGCUCCUCCUAUGCCCAUGCCAGCCCACUUCAUGUUUUACAGGUGUUGCUGCCACUAUCACUGCUCCUGAUUGCGCUGGUUCCCUCCACCAUUGGACAAAUUUCUAUCCCAGUUAUGAGUGUGGAUAAGGAGCUGUACAUUGAACUUCGCUGCAGGUGUGUAAAAACCAUCUCUAGCAUUCAUCCUAGUAACAUCCAAAGUGUGAAUGUGAUCAAGUCAGGACCCCAUUGCAACAGAGUUGAAGUGAUAGCCAUGUUGAAGAAUGAGAAGAAAAUCUGCCUAGAUCCAGAAGCUCCCAGAAUCAGGAAAAUAGUCCAGAAAAUUUUGGAAGGUGGUGGGUCAGCUGCUUGAUCACUUUCUGUCAUCCCUUUUUCUCUCCCAGGAAGAGUAAGGGUUUGAAGCAUUAACUGUCUAGAGUUUUUAUUUACUUGGAAUGCUUUCCAUUCUGUCUCAAAAAAUUACAUUUUAUUCUGAGAAGGCUGGCUAAUAGAUAACAGAGAGAAGAAUGGAAGUAAACAAACCUGGUUUCAAAAUAAAAUAUAUGGAAUGCUCCCUAACUCAUAGUUAAAUGUCAUAUUGUACUUUGCAUUUCUUUAUUUAAAAGCUUCUGUCCUAAUAGCUUUGUAUUGACUUAUCUUGCUCUACUUCACUGUUAAACUAGAUAUGCCCAUGAUGAUUGAUAGAUUUCAUAAUGAUCAAUGAUAUUAGGAUCACAUAGAGCCCAGCAUAGAGCACUUGCUCAAUAGAUGUUGUUCAUAUGUCUGGGGACUUAAUGGAGUUUUUCAUUGUCUUAGUCCUAA